UAAUGAAAUCGCUCUCCUGCUUGAUGAAAUAAACAUUUUGAAAAUUUCACGUGCGUGCCAAACGCCAGCAGAAAAACCCUAGAUUUAUAAAAAAGCCCAUUUGAUUUCUUAAGAACUAACUAACGCGAAUGUUGCUCACCGCCUUAAGAAACGCAGUGCGUGGCAAAACUAACGAACUACUCAAGGAACUUCUAACGCAAAAACCUUUAACAAAAAGUGCCUCAAAUCUGAAAAAAUCUUCUAAAAUGUCUGAAAAUUCGACAGCGGAACAAUCAACAAAGGAUAAACUAAAUAGUAAACCCAUUUUGCGCAAGGAACGCCAACAGCAGGCCAAUAAAAAGAAAGCAACACCUUAUAUACCCGGCACUGUUACUUUGCAAAUUUUGGGUGCCGGCUCUAAUGGUGCCCCAGCAGCUGUUUAUUUGUUUACCGAUCAAUCACGUUAUUUAUUCAAUUGUGGCGAGGGUACCCAACGUUUGGCUCAUGAACAUAAAACAAAAUUAGCUAGAUUAGAACAGAUUUUCGUGACGCGCAAUACUUGGCCGGCUAUAGGAGGAUUUCCCGGCUUGGCUCUGACAGUUCAGGAUGCUGGUGUUAAGGAAUUGGCUUUACAUGGUCCUCCCUAUUUGGAGAAUAUAUUGUAUUCGAUGAAACGUUUUGUGGUGUUGAAGAAUUUACAGCUCAAAACCGUUGAUCGUACCCAAAUCCAAGACUUUGAAGAUUCCGUUAUGUCAGUGAAAUCAGUGCCUUUAUAUCGUCUUACAGAAUCCCAGCAGGAGGAGCAAACUUUCCUAGCCACCGCCAGUACAGAAGAACAAAUAGCCAUCACCUAUAUAUGCAAACUAAAACCCAGGCCAGGAGCUUUAAACCUAGAAAAAUGUGUAGAGCAUGGAGUGCCUCCCGGUCCUCUUUUAGGUUUACUCAAAAAUGGUAUAGACGUUACACUGGAGGAUGGUACAGUAGUAAAAUCCUCCGAUGUUAGUGAACCCAAUGAAAAUCCUUUAGCUUUUAUGUUUUUGGAUAUACCUUCUAAAGAUUUCUUGGGGAAUUUGGAGAAGCAUAGAGAGAUUUUAUUGAAUACUAACAUAAAUACCGAUAACACCCCCCAAAUGCCUUUAGUAGUACAUUUCUCCCCAGCGGAGGUGAUAAAAGAUGAAUUAUAUCAAAGUUUUGUUAAACAGUUUCCCGCCAAAACGCAACAUAUUUAUUUGAACAAUGAGCAGAAUACUUUCUCGGGUUAUAUAGCGGCUCAUCGUAUACAAUAUCAAUUGAAUUUGUUAAAUCCUAGAGUAUUUCCUUUGCUAGCGGAGGCUUCAAGUUGGUCUAACAAUUUAAGUGCAAAAUUGAAGAAAACUAAAUUGGCGGAAGAUGAAUUAAAUGAUAAGGAUGGAGUUAAAGAAAGUGACGAUAAGGAUAAACAUUUAAUGGACUUAAAUGCCAUGAGUUAUUAUCAUUUCCGUCCCAGAAAAGGUUUAGACCGCACUUUGGAGGUAAAACUCUCUCCUCAAGAAUAUAUAGAAGAGACCCAUGUAUUAGAGGAAUUCCCCUCCUUACUGCAAAAACUUAAAGAGGAUUUUAAGCAUCUAAAGGAGGCCUCUGUUACCGCACCACAAUAUCCUGUGAUUACCUUUUUGGGUACUGGUUCCUGCAUACCCAACAAAACGCGCAAUGUUAGUUCUAUCUUAAUACAAGCCAAAGAAGAUUCCUUUAUACUGCUGGACUGUGGUGAGGGAUCUCUAGGACAAAUACAAAGAUUCUUUGGCUGCUCCAAAGCGCAAGAAAUAGUCAAAAAUCUCAAAUGUAUUUAUGUUUCCCACUUACAUGCCGAUCAUCAUAUUGGUUUAAUUGGAUUACUAACAGAAAGACUGAAAUUAUUGGGUAAUCAGGAGGACAUGGAAAAGGUUUUACUGCUGGCACCCAAACAAAUUGAACCCUGGUUGAAUUUCUAUCACGAACGCAUUUUAAAUAUAAAAAAUUCCUAUGAAUUGAUAGGAAAUGCAGAAAUAAUGGAAGAAGCUUUGGAGUUUAAAGAAAACCAAACAGAUUUUGGUUUGGUUGGAAUAAAAACCUGUUUAGUAAAACAUUGCCCUCACUCUUUUGGUGUUAGAGUGGAUGUUUUGAAUCCACAGGACUUGAAGAACCCCAUUAAAAUCACUUAUAGUGGCGAUACUAUGCCCUGUCAAGAUUUAAUCGAUUUAGGCUUAAAUUCCCAAAUAUUAAUACACGAGGCCACCAUGGAAGAUGAUCUAGAGGAGGAGGCUAAAAUCAAAACCCACAGCACCAUAUCCCAGGCUAUACAACAGGGUCAGCUAAUGCAGGCUCAGCACACUAUUUUAACACACUUUUCUCAACGUUAUGCCAAAUUACCUAGAUUGCAACUAACUUCCUCCACAGAUUCUUUAAACGAUAAGGAAACUAAAGAAACCAAUACAAUGCAAAAUGUUUCCAUAGCUUUUGAUAAUAUGCAAGUUUCUUUAAAAGAUCUAGAACAUUUUCAUUUAAUGUAUCCCGCCAUGCGCUCAUUGUUCGCUGAACAUGCUGAGGAGUUGGAACAGAAAGCUUUGAAACGGGAACUUAAAUUAGAAAGAAAACGUAAAUUGUUAACAACUUAAGCUGUUAAAAGUAAGAAUUGUUUAAAUUGAGUUUUAUUUAUUUUAAAACUUGUUAAGUGUUUAAAUUUAUUUAGAAUUUUUUAACAAUUUUUUUGUUUUAUUGUUUAAUUUAAUU